CAGUAGCUUCUGAAGGCGCCAUAAUAGAGAAUUUUAGGAUGUUAAAAGGUUAUUCUGAAUUGUGUCCCGAAUUAAUUAUUUGCAUAGGAUAGACUGAUAAGCGAUGCAUAUGGUGUAUGCUGUGGUGUGAAGAAUGGCUGAGGGCUGAUAUAACAACAACAUGGCAUCCUCAGCUGUGCCACUCAACAUGCACCUUUUCCAUGAACUGAAACAGAGAUACCCUGAGGUCUCGGACAGUGUCGUGACAUCAUAUAUGAAGCAGAACAGGAACAAUAGAGAAAGAUGCAUUGAGCAGCUGGAUAAGGAAAGCCAAAGAGCUCUGUAUGGGGAGGGAAUUGAAAAUAACAUUCAAGAAUUAUAUAUAGAAGAGGAACACAGAUCUAGAAGUGGAUCGUCCUCCAGUACUGGAAGUGGGAGUUACGUUUUUGUAUCAAAGCAGCCACUGCCUACUCAAACAACUACUACAACUACAACUCAAACUCCUCAACGUAUCAUGCAGAGUAUAAGUAUGCCUCAUUUAAAUGCGGAGAAUAACAGUAGAACUCAGUCCCCAGGCCCCUCUGUUAGAUACUCACCAAGUGCAAGUGCUGUGCAUUUGCAGUAUGACAUGGAUGGCAAUAGGUCGCAGUCACCAGUGAGUGUUUCAUCUUCUGGUGUGGGUGCCACUGGAAGUCCCCAGCGUAAUUACACACACAUGAAUAGCACACCGGGAGCUUUUGGGACAAGUGCAUUAAAUAGACAGGCUGCAGUGCCAUACAGCCACAGCUCUUCACAGUUGGGGCACAAGACUGCUCCAGUUAUGCCUCAAACCUAUAAUCCAUUUGCAGGUGGACUUCAGCCAUAUCCCCCUAUACCGCCCUCACAACAGGGCAUGUAUGGAAAUGUUUAUAACCAAGGUGCUUUUCCAAGAAUGCAGUACCCUGGUUCAUGGUAUUCACAGGGUGCACAGGGUACUGCUGGGCAGCAAGGACCAGUCAGUAUGCCCUAUUAUUCACCUAGUUCAAAUUUUCUAGGGCCACAGACUUCAAAUUUUACUGGCUUGCCAGAUCAAAGACACUUUAGUCCCAACUCCCCAUCUCAUCAAAGUGCAACCUCCUCACAAGGGAGCAUCUAUAAUCCUUCUCAGACUUACUUAGAACCCUUACAGGUUAAUGUUUCUAGCCCAGGAAACCAACAUUCUUAUCAGACUCCAUUUUAUGUGGAUCCAUUAAACACGAGUGGAGCGAAUAGAAGUGCACCAAGUUCACACUCUAGCACUCCUUCAACACCACCAUACUUCUACCAGAAUUUCCCAGGAGUGAUGCCUCAAGCUCAUGGUUCAGGCUCAAGAUCAUCAACGCCCACUGGGCAACCCCAAGGAUCACAUGGCAGCACGCCACCAUUCCCUUCACCAGGCUAUGGGAUGCCAGAACCAUCACAAUCAAAAAACCCUUUUGUAUUGACUCAUAGUGAAGCAGCUAGUAUUCCACACACUCCUCUGCAGCCUAUACCUUCACCUGUUGGGGGACCGCCGGGGGAGAACCUCUUUAACAGACAACAGAGUUCACCGGAAGAUGGAUAUCUUCAAGCCUUAGUUCUGCAUCAGAAGGCUAGACACCAGAGAUUAGAAAAAGAAUUAGAACCACUUCAGCAGCGGUUGAUCUGUUUGAGAAAAGAGAUUGACAAUAUGGAAACCAAUUUACAAAAACAGCGAAGUAGGGCUAGAAGAAACAGUUUCCCAACUUUUGAUGAUUUAUCCAAACUCAGAGAACAGAACAGAAAAAUGCAAAUAGAUGUGGAAGUUUAUGCAAGAGAAAUAGACAUACAUCAAGUUCCACUUGGUAUUGUUGAUCCUGUUGAACAGCAGAAUUUCUAUGGAAAUAUGGGCAGCACUGGUCCCCAAGGUCCUUUUGCUCAUCAGACCCAACACACAGCUCUGUCUAGAGUGCAGUCGGAUAUAAGGAGGCUGCCUAUAAGUGAGGCUCCAUCAGUCGUUCCCCCUUCCUCAAGCUCAAUACCCUCCCCUACAACACCUUUGGUAACACAGCCACAGCAGGCUCAGCAGGAAGAGGAAGAAGCACAAUGGAGCUGCUCCGCGUGCACUUUCCUGAACCACCCAGCACUGGACAAGUGUGAAUGUUGUGAAAUGCCCAGGGUACCCCAGAUAGGUGUUCAUGGUAAUUAAUGCAUGUGGUGGGGCACCCUGACCUUCAAGAUAUUUGGCUGUGUUGACCAAUUUGGAUCUAACCAAAAUGCUACUGUGAUGCUGUGCUUUGCCAACAAAAAGCAGUGGCAGCACCACUUGCUGCAAUACCUCUGGACUUGUGAAAAGAAUGGGAAAAAAAAAGAGAUGUAAAGCAGUUCCGAUGAUGAAAUGUUCAAAUGAGGCAGCUUGCAGUAAGGAGAGAAUGUGCAAUUUAUCUUCCUGUUUUUUCCCUUCCUUUAAUGCAUGGUCUGUAUACAUUGCAUUUCAGAAAAAGUUGAUGGAAGUUAUACUUGUUUUAUGUUGCAUCCACUUAAAAAAAAAUUAACAUUUGAUUAAUAAUGUUAGACAAAUAUCUUGGAGAAUAUAUUUAUAAGUGCAGCAGAUGUUACUGAAUGCAAAGAGCAUGACUUCAAAUGCAUUGAAUAAUUGUGUGUGUUAUAGCUAAACUUGAGAAUUAAAAGCUGCCAGUUGAUAAGCAACAGUGCAAAUGUUACUUGUGUACCAUUCAAUAUUGAGCCUGCUCAUUAUAGUUGUUCAUUAGGUGUCUGUUCCCACUUUUUGCUAAGAGGUCAAGUUGUGUGGAAGUGCUUGGUUAUAUUUAUUGCAAGUCUCCUGACUAUAAACGCCCUCUGGUAGGGUGAGUUUUAUUUGUAGUUUUACAUGUAAAGCAGUGUAAUAAUGCACCUGUAUACUUGGCUCAUGCUAAUGAUAUUGUGAAAAUGUUACAGUUAGACACAAGUUGUAAUAUUGAAAACCAUGGAUAUCUAGACUAACAAAGAAAUUUAUUGCUCUCUAAUGCUUAAUUAAAAGGUUCAGGAAAGUGGUAUGUGCCAAAGCGGCAGUCAGUUUGAGCCUAUAGAGGAAUUUUAACGGGCAUGUUAUUUAAAUUACAUUUGAAUAAUGUACUAAGUGGCAUUGUAAAGUUAAGUUUGUAGUAUUAUUUAAAAAGAAACAAAGAACUUCUACACUUUUUAGGGGACGUUUUGUAAUAUUUGUUUUUCUGUGAGAAACAAAUAUGGUGGACAAAUGUUUUAAGAUUCUGUUUUAUGGUAGAAAAUUCCGACUUGAUCUUUGUGGUAUGCAGGCUUUAGACAUAUUGCACAGUUCAUUUGGUUAGGCAUAGGUUGCUGCCUGCUUUUGAAUGUGAAAUGAAAAGACAAUUAAGCCAUUUGUAACAUAGUUGUAUAUCUAUACAAAAGGAAAUAUAAAUUUACUGUAACUA